GGCGGCGAACCAUCCCGGGCACCGUCGCUGCGGCACCGUGCAAUGAGUGCAUCAUCGAAGCUGCUCCGGAGCUCACUGAGCCGCAAGUCGCUGGGCCGCCGCAGCAGCAAGGUGAUGUCGGUGGCGAUAGAGGAUGUGCGCGAUGCGGAGGAGAUGCGGCAGGUGGACGCGUUCCGGCAGACGCUGGUGCUGGAGGAGCUCCUCCCGGCCCGCCACGAUGACUACCACAGGAUGCUCCGCUUCCUCCGCGCCCGCAAGUUCGACAUCGACAGGUCCAAGCAGAUGUGGUCCGACAUGCUCCACUGGCGCAAGGAGUUUGGCACUGACACCAUCAUCGAUGAUUUCGAGUUCGAGGAGAUGGACCAAGUGCUGGAGCACUACCCGCAGGGGCACCACGGCGUUGACAAGGAUGGUCGGCCGGUGUACAUGGAGAAGCUCGGACAAAUCGACACAACCAAGCUCCUGCAGGUCACCAGCAUGGACCGCUAUGUCAAGUACCAUGUCAGGGAGUUUGAGCGUGCCUUUGCUGUCAAGUUCCCCGCGUGUUCCAUCGCUGCCAAGCGCCACAUCGACCAGAGCACCACCAUCCUCGAUGUCUCUGGAGUGGGGUACAAGAACUUCAACAAGGCUGCAAGGGAUCUCAUUGGCCGCCUCCAGAAGAUCGAUGGAGAUAACUACCCUGAGACGCUUUGCCGGAUGUUCAUUAUUAAUGCGGGUCAGGGGUUUAGGCUCCUGUGGAAUACUGUCAAGUCCUUCCUUGACCCCAAGACCACAGCCAAGAUCCAUGUCCUUGGCAACAAGUACCAGAGCAAGUUGCUAGAAGUAAUUGAUGCCAGCGAACUGCCUGAGUUCCUCGGUGGCACUUGCAACUGCGAAGGUGGUUGCAUGCGUUCCGACAAAGGACCGUGGAAGGACCCUGAAAUCCUAAAGAUGGUCCAAUGUGGCAUGGGGAGAUGUGGGAUGAACAGCUCGAACCCUCAUGAGGUCGAUGAGAAAAUUGUCACUGAGGACGAUAUAGUACCCCUUCCCAAGAAGCAAGAAUCCUUGCGACGCGACUCUGUUGAUUCACCUAAGAUCCCACGCGAAACGAUUGAGCAUCCACAGAUGUCCCCUCUCCAUGAGAGGAAAAUUUCAGAGACGAAGGCUCCUCCUGGCAAAGAUGGUAACUCUGCUCGUUACAACGAUCUCUUUGACAAGAACAUGGAGUUCAAUUGGAAUGAUGAGGUCAGCGCCGAGAAGCUUGCUAUCGCGCGAGAUAUGUACGCCUCGUUGCCGGACACGUACAAGCAGGACGACGGCGGCGACCGGCAGGUGGUGUCGGGGUUCAUGGCGUUGGUGAUGGGCGUGGUGGCCAUGUUCCGCGUGGGCAAGAUUGUGCCAAAGCGGGCCAUAGAUGCGGCCAUGAGCAUUGCCACCAUGGAGGCGAUGGCCAAGAACCGGAGGCUGCAGCAGCAGCAGCUGGCCGGGCCAGACAUGGUGAUGGUGUCGGCCAUGCAGUACCAAGCGCUGGUGAAGCGGCUGAGCGACCUGGAGGAGAAGGUGGCAGCUCUGGUGGCGAAGGCCCCGGAGAUGCCAGCGGAGAAGGAGGAGUUGCUAAAGGCCGCCGUUAGCCGCGUCGAGGCCCUCGAAACCGAGCUCGAAUCAACCAAAAAGCUGUUGGAGACAUCGGUUGGGCAGCAGGAAGAGGUGCUGGCUUACAUCGAGAAGAAGAAAAAGAAGAGCAAGAUGUUUUGCCUCCAACAGCAGAACCCGUUUCGUUGGUGA